CAUGCAAUCAUUGAAAAACUACUGGAGGAGAUCACAUUCUACAUGGAAUAUCCGGACUUGAAAGAUGAGGAAUACUUGGUCUUGGUUUUGGUCUACGACUAUACGAUGCGAAAUUUUCAGCGUCGUACGCCACCACCACAGGAACGUUCUUUGCCGGAUUUGGAGAAAUACAUGGAAUACAUGCCCAACAGCCGACUGAUAAUGCAUCCGCCAGGAGGUGAACUAUUCAAGACAGUGGAAACCGCUGUCCAAGCAAUGUGUAUGCGUCUGGCCGCGGCUGUAGCACGUGUACGCGUACGAAACCAGGUCGGGUCGCUUCGUCUGCUAUUGCCGGAGGAAUGGCGUCAAUCGGAGAAUCUGGCGGAAUCAAUGCCUGCAUACGGAUGGUACAAUCAGUUAUUGGGAAAGUAA